AUGGCUAAAAAGGAUAAUAUUCAGGUUGGCAAGGGUGUAGACAUAGAGUGGAACAUUGUUCUAGGGGAAAAUUCAUGUGAAAUACAACUUUACAUUAAGAGACAAUCCAAAUACUCUGUCUCAGCAGGAGAUCCUUUUAAACUGGAGUGCCCUGUGAAAUACUGUGCUAGCAGACCUGAUGUGACUUGGUGCAAGCUCAAAGGAACAGAGUGUUUACAUCUUGGGGAUAGACGUCAGCAACACACGAGUUGGGAAGAAAGGAAGAAUAUUACAGUUUUUAUCCUACACUUUGAAGCAAUGCUUCCUAGUGACAGUGGGUCAUACCGCUGUUCUGCAAAUUCUUCAUCUAGACUCAUUAAAAGCCACUCAAUUACCAUUUAUGUGACAGAUGCAACCAGCACCUCAGGACCACUCUCUGAGGAAGAGAUAGCAGGCAGACCAUGGCUCCUUUACAGUUUGGUUCCUUUGGGGGGACUGCUUCUACUCGUCAUGACCUGUUUCUGCCUGUUCUGCUGUCUACGAAGGCACCAAGAGAAACAAAAGAAGUCUUCUGAUACACCAAGAAGGGAAAUAAACCUGGUUGAUGUUCCCCAUUCCUUUAGGACUGAGAAAACUGAAGUGGGCACCAGGCAAAAUUCCCAAACACUACCAUCAGAAACUGAAAUUUAUGACAAUGACCCUGACUCUUGGUUCAGGUUGCAGGAAGGGCCUGAAGUUUAUUCUAACCCACGCCUGGAGGAAAACAAACAGGGCAUUGUUUACGCUUCCCUGAACCACUCCAUCACUGGAAUGAACCCAAGACAGGGAAGAAAUGUGAAAGAAGCACCAACAGAAUAUGCAUCCAUAUGUGUGAGGAGUUAAAUCUGGCCCUGACUCCAACCAGUGAUCACUGAAUGAUCAGCAUGUCAGCACCAUUGUCUGGGCCCAACAGGAUGUCUAACAAUGUUUCUCAACUUGGGAAUUUUCCCGUUAAGGAGGUUCAUGUUGGUUCUCAGUUCUUGAGGAUAUAUAGGACAAAUGAUUAAAAUUUCUCCUGGAAUCUU